GUGGUCCUUCUGGAAACUCCCAUUAUCUAAACGUUGUAACCUUUAAUCAGAGGUUACCUAUUAGACUUCUCUCUCUUUUUCUUUCUCUACCUGUACUACCUGUUUACCUUCGUCACACACAGACACAAGGUUAUGAGAAGCUUUGUUUGUAUUCGUAGAAAGGAAAAAUUCUUUGCGCCGUGCGAUCGAAUGCGACCAUAAUCUUCUUUAAUCUGGCAUUUGUGAUCAUUCGUGAUUACAAAUGUUUUCGGAUGCAAACGAACUUUAAAUUUUGUCCAUAGCGAAGAUCAAAGUAACGAAUAACUUUAUAAACUACCACGUUAUCGUUGCAACUAUUAACCAUAACAAUAGCUGUGUGUUUACAAACAUAUAAAUGGCAGCGAGCAAGUCUCUAAUUUUGAGCGGUUUCAAAGAAGAUUGCGAACGACUAAUCGCUUGUUUCGAACAGGGGAACGAUAUCAGAUUUCAAACUUUUUGCGAGAUCUGGAAAGAGUUGAAAUUCUCACUGGUGUUUACCGGGCGUCCUUCGUAUAUAGAAUUGUGUGAAUUUUGCGAGGAGGCUUUGAAUGUAUGUAAAAAAUUCCUUCUUUUACCCCCGCGUUUUAAAGAACGCGUUGGAGGAUUGUAUCUUUUGUAUGGAGUAUAUUAUAAAAUGCCGGUGGACCUGUUCAAAAUUAGAGUUAAACUGGACGAUUGGCGAAGCAUUAUGGAGUUGCACGCAGAAAUAAAAGAGGCGGAACAUUUGGAUGCCAAUUAUAUAUUAUCUAAACUAAUAGCAGAUAAUGCAUUUCAUUUUUGUAUAUUUGAUAAAGAGUUUGGCCUAGAAAAACAAUAUCGCAUUAAAGAGUCACAAUCCUUCAAUCCAUACUCUGUGCUACCAACUCUGAAGGAUUUAACAGAUAAACAUCCAAUGUUGUCAAAGAUAGAUGAAUUAAGCAAAGCUUAUGAAAAAAAGAAACAAGCAUUGGUAUCGCAAAGUAAAUCAACCGUUAGUUUAAAUCUAUUUAAAGCGGACAUCGCGGAAGAAAUUAUUAACGAUAUUCAGGACUUUGAAGAACAGAAAAGAAAUAACCAGAUGAAAAAUGCGUACGGCAACGAAAAGACUUCUAGCGCUUCGACUUCAAAAGAGGAAUAUAAGAAGUCAUCUCAAAUGAAAGGUAUUUGUAAACGCAAAGUACGGUCGCUAAUUGACGAUGAAUUUCAAACGGAUCCGAAUGAGUCUGAAACGGAAAUAUUAGAUCUCGAAGAUUCCGAUUUACUAGAAGAUUCAGAUUAAAGAAAAAAAAAAAAAAAAAAGAAUGAAGUAUACAUCUUUCGUCUGUAAGUGUAAUCUUGCAUUAUUGAAUAAAUCGUUUUAGUUUUGUUUACUUUUAAUAA